AUGUAUCAAAAGCAUACUUACGCUGAAAACGAGCAACAAUCGCGUAACACCUGGCGCCGGCGCUUGCGCCCUCAUCCCGCCACCCGUAUAAAACCGUUUUCGGUUCUCCGCAACUCAGUUCGUAUCCUGGCAAACUGCAAGAAGAUGCGACUGUGGGCGGUGGCAGCGUUGGUGGCGGUCGGCGUGUGCUCGGCAUGUGGUGAAUCUAGUGCCCUGGAGGAACAGUUGCGCGUGCUCAGCAAACAAGUGACUACGCUCUUGGACAGACGGAGAGAGGACCUGGCGAGCAUCGCGGACGACCUGCGGAGGAAGGUCCUGUCCAGCGCGGAGCUGGGUGACGUCCGCGACGAGAUGCAGAAGCUCAGGCUCGAAAUGGAGCAAAUUCGGUCUGGAAGCUUUCAGCGUCAAGAGCCCCACACCCGCCAGGAAAAAAACGAUCACUUGACAGUGAAAUGGCUGUCCAAUGCGGUGGCGGAAUUAAAAACUGAGCUGUCUGAAGUUCAGAACACCCUGAAUUCCACCGUAAUCCUGCAAAAUCACGAACAAGUAGACACCGAGCUCAGUUUAUUAAAAAGCGAUGUGUCCAAUCUCAACAAAGAAUUGGAAGUCGCGCGGAAGAAGAACGCCAAGUACGAGGCAGAUCUUCUCUCGAUCCGCGAAGAAUUAGCAUCGCUUAAGGAUCAUUCCAGGGCGACGGCUGUCAUGUGCGGAAAGACCAAGAAUCAGUUAAAGGCCGCCCAGCUAGAGUGGAAUCACAACUGGCAAAUUCUGAGCGAAAAGAAAAUGACAAUAGAGUCGCCCUCCGAGCAACCGCUGGCCCACCCUUCACGACAUCAAAGACUGCUCAAGAAGCACGUCGUCGAUUUAGAAAAAGCAUCAAAAGCGUUGCACCGCGAAAACGAGCGAAUCAAAACCCGAUUCUUGAAAGUGGAAGAGGAACUAGAACUGCUUCAAAAAUACGUCCAGAACAAGGAAAUCGCCGGUUCUGAUCAAGUGUACGAUCGAAUCAACGGCAACGAAAUCCAAGACUACAUUAGAAUGGAGAAAGUUAAGGAAAUGGGGAGGGAUGAUUUCGCGCGCCAGCAGCAAUCUAACACCGAAUCCAUUGCCAAUUUGACUAAGCAAAUGUCCAAUUUUGAUAAAUUACACAUGUCGAUGUUGGAACUGUUGGAGAACGUAGAGAGCAUCGAGAAUAAGGUGGAUGUGAGUUUCCCGGAGUUCCGUAAAGAAAUCUCCAAAUUGGAAAUUCAAAUUGCUGAUGCCGUUUCGCAAAUAUCUUUGUUAAGAGAAGAUCAAACAAAUACCAGGAAAUCGGUGAAAGCCAUCGGGGUUAGUGUGUCCAAUUUGCAAGAUAAAACAGACACGGAUAGGGGGCGGCUGAAGAAAGUCGAGGAACAAGUUGGUGGGUUAACCAAGUCGGCCAACGUGCAGACAUCGAAGCUACAUGACCAUAUUCUUAAGACUGAGUCAGCCACACUGGAUUCUAACACCACAAAAUCUACAAUUCAUCUAGUUCAAGAACUGAAAUCGUUCGAAAAAGAAUACAAGAGUAUCGUGAACAAGUUGCCUCAUGAUUGCGGUGCUGUGUCAGGUCCUAGCGGUAUUUAUCUAAUCUCUCCUGGGGAUGGUGAACCCAUUUUAGCGUAUUGCAAAGACGGAUGGACCACCAUCCAAAAAAGAUACGACGGAUCUGUCAACUUUAAUCGCAACUGGAACGAGUAUUCCAACGGAUUUGGAUCAGCGACGGGCGAACACUGGUUAGGCAACCGGAAUUUGCAUUAUUUGACAAAGAAAAACUGUACUAAGCUACAAAUCAACAUGAAAGACAUCUACGGAAAGUAUUGGCAGGCGACUUACGAUGAAUUCAGCGUCGCAGACUACAGCAUGGGUUUCAAAUUAGUUGUCAAUAACUACAGCGGGAAUGCCAGCGACGCCCUAGACUACCAAAACCACAUGGAGUUUUCAACUGUCGAUAACGACAGGGAUAUUUCAAAUACCCAUUGUGCUAGCAACUACGAAGGCGGUUGGUGGUUUUCACACUGCCAACAUGCAAAUCUCAAUGGAAGGUAUAACCUAGGCCUCACAUGGUUUGACAGUUCCAGAAACGAGUGGAUUGCGGUUUCCCAAAGCGAGAUGAAGGUGAAACAAAGAGAAAACUGUUGAAAGUUGGUGUUUUAAUAUUUAAAAAUUUAUCCUUCUAUCGUGAAUCACCAUGUUAACCACUAUAAUGCCAUGUUAUUCGAGUAAUUGUAUUUAGUUCACGUUGGAAGUUGUUUUGAUUGGAAGACUGAAAUUUAAGAAUUUCACGUUAAGAAUUGUACUUACUUUUUUAAAUUUGCCAGUAUGAACCAAAGAAAAGACUAGUUCAUUUAAAAUGUUAGAUUAGUAGUGUUAUGUAAACUCAACUUGUAAAUUUUAAGCGCACACUCUCAAUAAUGUCAUGUAUAUAUAAUUUAUUGUCUCAUGCUUUUUACUGCCAUAUAGUGUAAACUUUAAGUUGGUUUUAAAACUUGUAUAUAGUAGUUAUAUUUAUUGUAUUUAUAAUAUUUGACAAAGAUAGUUAAAUUUUUCCACAUGGAUGUUUUAUGUAAAUAGGUCAUACCUUUGUACCAAUGAUUAGUUUUUUAAUAAAAAAAUAUAAACUCGAUACAUUAUUCAUUAUAAUUAUGCACACGUAUUUUAAACACAUUGUAAAAAUAUAGAACAGAAGAGUUGUCCCAGAAAAUAAC